AUGCUGGCGGAGCAGGAGAACCAGGAGAACGUGCCCCCGCCGGCGGGCGGCAAAGCCGCGGCCGUGCCGCCCGCCGCCGGCACCCGCGUGGCGCUGGGGCUGCUGCGGGGAGCGCAGCAGCGCGCCGGGAUCGCGCUGCAGGCGGCGCGGGGCGGCUGCGAGGGCCACGGAGCGGCGGCGGGGCUGCAGCAGCAUCAGAACCAGCCCUUCUCCAUCCAUGUGGACGAGCCCGAUGGCGAGCGGGAGCCGCGGCGGCAGCGGGGCGUCCCGGCGGGGCACAAGGAGGAGGCGGCGCUGGGGCUGCGUGCGGCCGUGUGUGCGCUGGGCGAGCGGCGGCCCCUGGCCCCGCUGGGCAACGCCAUGGAGCUGAGCUUCGAUUCUCCAAGUAUUAUGGAUAUUUCAAUAACCUCAGAACCAGAAGAGAAAGCACCAAACGUUAAUAACGUGCCAGACUAUAUCGAUGAAAUCCAUACGUACCUGAGGGAAAUGGAGGUGAAAUGCAAGCCCAAAGUAGGUUACAUGAAGAAGCAGCCUGAUAUCACAAACAACAUGCGGGCUAUUCUUGUGGACUGGCUGGUGGAAGUUGGAGAAGAAUACAAAUUACAGAAUGAAACCCUGCACUUAGCUGUAAAUUACAUUGAUAGGUUUCUUUCUUCCAUGUCUGUUUUGAGAGGAAAACUUCAGCUUGUGGGUACUGCAGCUAUGCUGCUCGCAUCGAAGUUUGAAGAGAUCUACCCUCCUGAAGUAGCAGAGUUUGUCUACAUCACAGAUGACACCUACACCAAGAAGCAGGUCCUAAGGAUGGAGCACUUAAUUCUCAAGGUUUUGUCGUUCGACUUGGCAGCUCCAACAAUCAACCAGUUCCUCACCCAGUACUUCCUGCACCAGCAGACAGAUGCUAAAGUGGAGAGCCUGUCAAUGUACCUGGGAGAGCUGAGUCUAAUUGAUGCUGAUCCUUACCUGAAAUACUUGCCAUCAGUUAUUGCUGCUGCAGCAUUUCAUCUGGCAGACUACACACUCACUGGACAAACCUGGCCUGAAUCCCUGUGCAAAGUAACUGGUUACACCCUUGAAGACAUCAAGCCUUGCCUCAUAGACCUACACAACACCUACCUCAAAGCAGCCCAGCACACACAACAGUCCAUAAGGGAAAAGUACAAGAGUACCAAGUACCAUGGAGUAUCGCUCAUUGACCCACCAGACACACUAAACUUAUUGUAACAAUCAAGAGACUGAUCUUUUUGAGAUGUAUAUUACCAGGAAAUGUACAGUUUUAAACAUGGUUCAAGAUUCUAGAUAUGAUCACUCAGUAUCAACGCAGGCUUUGACUUCAAUUAUGAAGUUUAUAGUUUCAUGUGGUUUUAAUGUAAAUCUUUUGUACAUGCAAUCUUGUUAAGAGUUUUAGUUGUGUUUUUAUCAGAAUGUUCUCUUCAGGCACAGAAUUAACCAUGCAGGCCACGUGAAA